CCCAAAGGUGACAUCGUAUCGCAUCCAACGUUCCCGCGCCCUGAUCAUAUGGCAUUUUUUGCUACUUCGCGAGAUACAGAUCCAGGGGCGGGUUCGUGGAAACAUGUGGCAUUCCCCACCAGUUGGCACCCUGCCUUCGUAGUUCGAAGCGUUGGCAAGCUGUGCAGCUUGCCGUACGUACUGGAUGUCCAUAUGUCGAGGUGCACUUGCAUAUUUUCAGAAUUGGUUGGGGGUUCGGCAUACUUGGCAACUGAGGUCGCGCAGCCAGAUGUCCCCACCAUGAGGUUCGACGGACCAGUUUUGUUUCCAGCAUGUAUUUUUGUUUGAGUAGCAUCAUAUGAAGGCGAUAUUUUUUCCCAUUGUGCAGGGUGUAGCCUCUCGGCUUUCAGCGGGGCACAGUCCAACGCUUUGUAGGUCAUGAAAUGUUGAUCUGGGGGCUUGGUAAUGCAUGCCGUAACUCUUCGAACGAGGCCCUUCGCAACAGACCCAGUCGCAGCAUCGCCAGAUCGUACAGGCCGUACCGUGGGCACUGGAAGCUGCAAGACGUGGAGAAGUGGUGCCGCACUUCCCCGCAGGCUUGCGCUGUACGUCAGCGUGCUCGGCGGCGCGCUCCUGGCCGUGCUCUGCGGCGUGAUCCGUCUGGCCGGAGACACGGUCGAAGCAGGCAUUUCUGCGCCCUUCUCUGGCGGUGCCGUGUGGGAGCAGCUGCCAGUGUUGGAGCACCUUCGAGUUUCCCAAGGAUGGGGCCGUGUGCAAAGUGCAGGUCAGCCUGGAGAUGAAGCGAUUGCAGAAUUGUGGCGGAGCUGGUGGCGCACCGAAGGCACACACCGUGAGACUUGUGGAGGGCGCCUUGUUUGUCUGCUAUCAGGCGCCAAGUUCGAGCUCGACUCGAGCGUGCCACGGCCGUUGUACGCCACCGACGUGGACGGCAAGCUGGUCCCUGCCAAGCAGGUGCCAGACCCCCAGGCUGAGCCGUACGCCUGCCAGGUGCAGCGGCUGGCCGUGGACUUCUCUGCGCUCGCGAGCCUCGUGGAGGACGGCGGCGUCUUCAGCCAGAAGCUGGAGGCUCGUGGCUUCAGCCUCGCCGGCGACGGCUAUCCCGACGGUUCGCUGCGGCUCGGCGGCUGCCGGCCGCCGGCCCCGCCAAGGGCGUGGCGCGCGGAGCUGCGCGGCCGCUGCCUGGGCACGCAGAUCCUCACGCAGGCGAGCCGCGCGCUGCGGGCCGUGAGCCAGCACGCAGAGGAGCCCGCCUGCGCCGUGAGCGACCCGCGGACCACCGCCCUCGUCGUGCGGCACGCCGUCUCGAACCUCUGGGAGGCGCACUUCGCCCUCGUCGAGGCCGCGGCGCGCCUGGCCGCCCUCGGCCUGCUGCCGCGCCCCGGGGCGGAGCGCGCCGCGAACGCCUCGCAGGUGGUGCUGCUGCCCCCGGACUCGGCCAACACGGGCCUCCCCGGAGCCUCGCUGGAGCUCUGGUCGCUGCUCCUCGGCGGCCGCGUCGUCUCCGCGCGGGACGUCCGGCCGAGGGCGGUGCACUGCUUCGACCGGGCCGCGCUGAUCUCCGACUUCUGCUGCGAGGCCGGAGACCUCUGCCCGGCCUCCUCGUGGCUGCCGGUGCCGCCGCGGAGCGCAGGCCUCUCGGGGCUCCCCUGCGCGGCCCACGCCGGCGGCGCGGGCUGCGCCUACGGCCUGGCGCGCGGCCGCCUGCGCGCCGCCCUGGGGGAGCGCCGCCGCGCGGCCGCGCCGCCGGAGGGCCCCGGCGCCAUCCUGGUGUCGCGCCGCACGGCCAGCAACCGCAGGGUCCUCCAGGAGGACGCCCUGGCGGAGGCGCUGGGGCGGCUGCUGCAGGGGAGGCUGCGCGUGCGCCUGGUGGACUUUGCCAGCCUGCCGAUCCUCGAGCAGGCCGCCGUGGUCGCGCGCGCCGAGCAGCUCGCCGGCGUGCACGGAGCAGGCCUCACGCACAUGCUCUUCCUGCCCGCGCACGCCUCCGUCGCCGAGGUGGCGCUGCGGGAGGGCUGGCACGACGUCGACGGCCCCAAGGGCUCGCCGCCGAUGUACGCGGAGAUGGCCCAGCGGCUCGGGCUCGGGUACGCGUCCUGGCUCUACGACGGCCCUCUGGGCCAGGAGCUGGACCUGAAUCUCUCGGCUCCUGUCAUGGCGUCUCUGAUGUCCCGGGCGCACUCCCUGCGGUGACCAGGCCGCGGUGCUCCGCCGGGUGUGCGAGAA